AUAUUGGGUUUUAUGCAGUGUUUUCGUCUGAGCUGACUUGCUGUUACUCCCCUUAACAAGAAAAAAAACAUACUGUCUGUUUCUGUUUUCAUCCUGUUUUAAAGAGGAAUGUCCAGGAGGUUUUAAAGUCCUGUUAUUCUGUUUCAUGUCUCCUCCCCUUUUCUCUCCCUUCCCCUCAUCUUUUUAGUCCAUUUGCUCAAGACUCCACUCUCUAGAGUUCAGUUUUCCUUAGUGAUCUUCAUCUACAGUCUGACACUCUCAGGAUUUCCACAGCCUCUGUUAUACGGUGGAAUUUGCUCAAUCAUGCUAGGUUGGAGAGGUGCACUGCUGUGUGUGUUUUGGUCCCAGCUCUGGACACUAACUCCAGGCGUUGCUGAUAAAGGCUGCAGUGGUUUCGGGCACUUGGAAAAUGGCCGUACGUUUUUCCGGUAUGGAGGAUUGUUUGUUACCUUCACCUGUAAUCCAGGAUUCCGGAUCCAUGGUUACCGUACAAGCAGCUGUGUGUCUGGACAGUGGGCCAGAGACCCACCGCUGUGUGUGGCAUCAGGAUGCCCCAGCCCUGGUGAUCUCCUGCAUGGCAGGACUAUUGUGUCUGAAGACGGAUCUCUGGCCUUCUUUAGCUGUGAUGCUGGAUUUAGUUUGUUUGGAUAUGCGCUGCUUUACUGCAAAGGGAAAAGCUGGAACGGCACUAAGCCUGUCUGCAAAGUAGCUGAUAUCAUGAGUGUUCUUCAUUUGAAGCAAGAAUCAUCACAUGGUCCUGUCUCAGCGCAGGGCCGUGAUGUUCCUACAAAUCUAAAAGUUCGCUUACAUAGCCAUUUAAACACCCUCGCAAUCACUGCUCCCAAGGAUGCUUUUCUCAAAUCAGCAUUGCUUGAGGUCCCUCAUAUCAGACUUGACUUUACAGAUAACAAGCAGAAAAAAAUAAGGAAACCAGGGGAGAAAAAGCCCUCAAAGAGUCCUGUAAACUUCAAGGAUCCAAUCGGGAACUCCGAUCUUCGGAAACCUGUGCCAAUGACAUCUACCAAUGUCAACACAAUGUCAUUAGUCAGUUCCUUUCAUGAAUCGUCAUUUUUAACCACCACACAAACCAGCUUCGUUACCCCAGUGAUGGACACUCAACAAAUCAAGGUCAUGGAUCAGACAUUUACUGAAACGCCAUACAGAAGAAAUAAAAAACCUCAUCAGUCCACACUUGGUACAGACAAGCUAUUUCAAAGAGCCUUAGUCACUUCAGCUGCUGAGACUUUACCAGAAUUCAUUAAAAAUAAUUUGCACUGGACAUCAACUACACCUGCAACAAACAUCAACACACUGGGCACAAAUGACCUUCUACAGUCAAGGACUUUCAUCACAGAAGAUCCAUAUGCAGCCACCACUGGGAGUUUUGCACCUCCAACAACAAGCUAUCCUGGUUUCAUGGUGUCUAAACAUGAGUCUGUUUCCUCUACCUGCAGAGAACUCUGUGAACAAAGACCAGACCUCCAGGAAACAUCUCCAACACUAGAACAUACAUCAUCUAGCAUGGCAGACUUGACGACGGCUACCCGACUAAUGUCUGGCCUGCUUCUGAAGGCUCAAACUGACGUCCAUAACUUUUCUGACAUUACUGAUGAUGGUCAAGUAAAUGAAAGAAACAAUCAUAGUGACCCCAAACAAACUUUUGGUCCUCCAGUCUGGAAAGAUCUUCCAAGGUUUGCAACAAGGAAACGCCGUCCAGUGUGUCCCUACCCUCCAUUUCCUUCUCACGGAACAUUCUACUUUCGGUCGAUAAAGAAUCCCGACCCGCUUCAGUAUAAGCAUUAUAUUCAAUAUGCCUGUUACCCUGGAUACACCUUGACCAAUGGUGAUGUUUACAGCUAUUGCCAACACAAUGGACAAUGGAGUGGCCAAACACCUCUCUGCUUAGAGUUAACUCCUUGCUCCCUAAACAACGGAGGAUGCUCUCAGAUCUGUCAUGUCAAUGAACAGAAUCGCGCCCAGUGUCUCUGUGAACCAGGGUUCUUGCUUCUGGAGGACCAGCGCACCUGUCGAGAUCUGGACGAGUGUGUGGAGGAGUUGCACCGGUGCCAGCAGGUCUGUGAAAACACCUUGGGCUCAUACAGGUGCAAUUGCAGUCCAGGGUUUCAGCUCUCUCCAGACAGGACAUCCUGCUCUGAUGUAGAUGAGUGCCAGCAUGUUGGUAGGGCUCUCUGUGCAUUUGGGUGCAUUAAUACGCCAGGCAGUUUCCAGUGCUUGUGUCCCGAAGGGUACCAACCGGACAGCACCAACAGACAUUGCAUAGACAUUAAUGAGUGUGAGGAAACCGAGGUCCUCCAGCAACAACAGUUGCACACGUGCGAGUGGAAGUGUGUGAAUCUGCCAGGUACUUACAGAUGUAUCUGUCCUCGUGGAUACAGACUGCACCCUAAUGGAGCCCAGUGUGAAGAUGUCAAUGAGUGUGAGCUGAAGAACGGCAGCUGUUCUCACCUCUGCAUCAACCACAGAGGCGACUUCAAAUGUGCCUGUCCAGAAACACACCGAAUAUCCCCAUACAACCGAAAAAACUGUCAGCCAAUAGACACACACACACCAUCUCCUCACACUGAAGAGGACUGAUCUCAUUUAUUCGUCUUGUUUUGCAUACAGUAUUGUAUUUAAUUAUCUUGUGUAUUUAAUACAACAUAUUUUGUAUUUCU